AUGAACCGCCUGCCAGUGUGGAUCAAGGCGCUUUUGUUGUUCUCCCAGUUACUGCUCCUGGCCUCGGCUGCUGCUCUUGGCGACAGCCUGGUGCAAACGAGCCAGGGUGGCUGGACCGUCUUCACCCUCCAAAAGUUCCCAAAGUAUGCCGUCCGUGUUCGAAAUGACUCGGCGCUUUGCGACACCAGCGUCAGGCAGCUCACAGGCUACCUGGAUGUCCUCGACGAAGGGAAGCAUUUCUACUUUUGGUUCUUCGAGAGCCGCUCCAACCCCAGCGAAGACCCGCUUGCCCUCUGGCUCAACGGUGGCCCUGGAUGCAGCUCGUUCACGGGACUGUUGAUGGAGAAUGGUCCCUGCAGAGUGCUGCCCGGAGGCAAGGACAUCGAGUUCAAUCCCCAUGCAUGGAACUCAAAUGCCAGUGUGAUCUUCCUGGACCAGCCCGUCAACGUCGGGUUCUCGUACUCGUCCAACUCCAAGACUCCGUCGACGUCGGUUCUGGCCGCCGCCGACACCCUGGCCUUUUUCCAAAUCUUCCUGACUGCCUUCAAGGAGUAUCACCCGCUUGAUCUGUACCUCUUUGGCGAAUCGUAUGCCGGUCACUACAUUCCUCCCCUGGCCACCGCCAUCCUAGAGCACAACCGAAACGGACCCAUCAUCGAUGUGAACCUCAAGGGAAUUGGACUUGGCAACCCCUGGGUCGAUCCGAUCGCUCAGUUCAAAUCAUAUUCGGCCAUGGCUGCAGAUGACAAGUACGGACCCAUUCUUCCCGACACUGAUAUCAUGGAGCUCGAUCAAAAGUACCGCACCUGCAAGAGUCUCCUGGACAGCUGCGACAAGUACCGAAGCCGCCUUACAUGCAUUCCAGCAGGUGCCUAUUGUGAGUCGCUCUACAACAAUGCCUACAGUAAGACGGGCCGAAAUGUCUAUGACGUCCGAAUGAAGUGCGAUCCAGAUGCGUGCUACCCGAUCGAGACCGAUAUCGAGACCUAUUUGAACCAGCCCGAGAUCCAGGUCCGCCUGGGCGUCGACGGAGUGCCUCGCAAGUUUGAGGGCUGCAGCAACUCCGUCGGAGGCGCCUUCCUGGGUUCUGGCGAAGGAUACUGGACCUCGGCCGACCAUGUCUCGGAGUUGCUUGCCCAGAACAUCAAAGUCCUGGUAUAUGCCGGUGAUGCCGACUGGAUCUGCAACUGGAUCGGCAACGAGCACUGGCUCGAGAAAAUGGAGUGGAGGGGACAGGAUGGAUUCCUGAGCGCCGGCAAUCUGCCCUGGAUCAGCUACACCACUGGAUCGAGGGCUGGAACUCUGAGGGUUUAUGAAAAUCUGGCCUUUGUGAAGAUCUUUGAGGCCGGACACAUGGUUCCCUACGACCAGCCCAGACACAGUCUCGAGAUCUUUAAUCUGUUUAUGGACCGACCUUAUGAGUGA